AUGGCCCCUUCGGACCCCCUCGACGUCCUGGGCGCAGACCUGUGCAGGUCGAUCGUCGAUCGACUCGAGAACGAAGACGCGGUGAAGACACUGGUCCUGUCCAAGGGUUGGAGCGAGGUGGUCGGGCGCAGCAUCCGGGAAGUCGCCCCGGAUCAUGCCCUCGAAUCGAUAGAGUCCCUUCGGUCGCUCGCCCGCUUCGUCACCGAUUCACGGGAAGGCGUGACGCAGCUCAAGAUAGACGCCAACAAGCUGGAGACUCCCGGCGUGAUCGACGUGCUCCGGACGAUGGCGCCCAGCUUGCACGGACUCAGGCGCAUGAGGCUGCAUCUCGGAAUGUGCUCCCAAUCCGCCCUCCUCGACGUCUCCCGCAUCCUCGCCCGGUCGGGGAGGCUGGAGGCGCUCGUCGUAAACUGCACGUCGUAUGUACAGAGCGCGCUCGAGCGGCACCUCCUCGUACGAGAUAGGGCUGAGUCGGUCCUCGCCGCUCUCGGGCAACCGGAGCCGCCGGUCGUCCGCGGGAGUGUCUUCCACGUGAUUCCUCAUGAGCGCGUUCAGGUCGCUGUCCGGAGCGCGAAUGCGUCUAGGCACGAUCUUGUAACCCACGAAACGUCCCGGAUGCUCGACGAGGGUGCGAUAUGGGUCCGAGACCACACGCCAGAAUAG